AUGGAGCCCACUGCAAAAAGCAGCCAAAAGCCGGCCAUCAAUGACACCUCCCUCCUGGCCUGUCUCCCGGAGCCGGUCCUCGAGCUCGUCCUCGCCGCGGCGGGCCCCCGGGCACGCAUGCGGUCGGCGCGCUGCUCGCGCGGCGUGCAGGACGCCGCGCUGCUGCCAGACAAGUACUGGCGCGAGGCCUACACGCAGCGCUGGUGGCACGCCCGCGCGGCGCUGGUGCCAGAAAAGUCCGCGGUCGCGUUCGCGGCGCGCGUCAAGGGCGAGCGGGCCUGCUGCGAUCUCCUCGUCGCGCUGGCCGAGAGCGGCAACCAGCUUACCUGGCGGCAGAAGAACGACUGCGUCGAGCGGGCGGGCGACGACGCCUGCGAACUCCUCGCCCGCAUUUCCGCAGCUACCAACGUCUACUCGGAGCCGCACACGCCGUUCGGCCGCGCCCGCCGCUCGGGCCUGCGCCCGCCGCCGGCACCGGGGUCGACGGCCGCCUGGGUCGCCGUCGUCUCGCCGCGCGCGGCCCAGACGCUCCGCGCGUGCGGCCAGGCGGGCGUCGUCGGCAACCACGCGCGGGACCUGCUCACGCACGCCCAGACGGCGCGGCUCCGCAACCGCUGGCGCCCGGCACCUUCUUUAGAGGAGGCCGCGGCGCGCGUCGCGUCCGCGUUUCGGGUCUUUUAUGAUGGUGAAGGUGUAGUAAAAGCGCUCGAAGCGCUGGCGGCGCGCGUGCGUGCGGCCAGCGCUUCGACGGACCAGCUCGCGCUCAUACGGGCGACGGAGGCCGUGCUCUUCGACGAGUGCGGAUUUAGGGGAGUCGACGCCGACGAGUACUACGCCGCGUCGAACUCGUUCCUCGACGAGGUGUUAAGAAGGCGCGCGGGCAUUCCCAUUUCAUUGGCGUGUCUGUUUGUGGCGGUCGCCGAGCGCGCGGGCGUAAAACGGGGCGCGCUGCGGCCCGUGAGCGCUCCCGGGCAUUUCUUGCUCGCGUUCGGCGACGACGACGCCUUUGAUGAUGCUGCCGAUGUCUUCUUCUCUCGCGCCAUCUUCCUCGACGUCUUCGCGCGCCACCGCGGGCCGCGCUACGGCUCGCUUUCGUUUGGACAGGUCGCGGCCUUCAUCGCGCGGCACGUUGGUGUGAAUGAGCAGCAGGCCGCUUUGUAUUUGCACGACGCCUGCAAGAACUACGCGCGGCCCGACGAGGUCGGCGCGCGCUGCGCCCGGAACCUCAUGCUCAUCAUGGAGAACGAGGAGCGGCGGAGCCUCGCCGGCUCGGUCGGCAUCACGCACGGCGUCCGGCCCUUGGCUGCUCUAGACAUCUAUCGCCAGCUCGAGAACGCCUUCCGGAAUGGCGGCGACUAG